ACACCAAGCACCAAUAAUAACUGACUGCCGAGCUGCAGGACAUUUUUCUCAAUUCCAAAGGUGAGCAAAAGGCUUCAGGUGUGCUUUUAAUGUUUUUGCUUCUGAAGUAACAGAGCAGAGUAGCUCUGGCUCAUUAAUUUCUCCUACGUUGGUCAUUAUUUUGCAUUUUCCCACCAUACAGGCCCAUUAGUGUUUAAUGACUAUUCUUCUCUCUGUGUUAAAGACAUCCUUACAGUCAAGAAGAAAUAGCCGUCUCAUGUUAUUCAUCUAUAAAGCUCUACUGUUGAAGCUUCCAAACUACUUCACAUCUCUUCUCUCAUUUGAAUCAAGUAAUUACACCUUGUAAUUGCACCUUUGUAAAUAGGAUGAACUACAAACUGCCCUCAAACUUGAGUCUUUCACUCCUCUUGGAGAUUUUAAAGCUUUAUUAUCUUAAGUUAUUAGGAUUCUUGAAACUGUUUUUAUCAAAUCCUUGUUUAUAGUGUAGUUGUGUUGAUGCUGUUUGCUCACUGUGUCUUUGUCUCAUGAAUGUUUCUUGUUCUCAUGUCUCUCUUGGAAAAGAGAUCUUAAUCUCAAUGACACAGCCUGAUUGAAUGAAGAUUAAAUAAAAUAAAAUAAAGUAAUUAUGCUGUAGCACUCUCCCAAACUAAUAUAUUAUAAAAGAGGACAUUCGUCUCACUGUCAUUAUAUCCAAUGUCUCUCUCUCUCUCUUCAUACCUGCUCCUUCAUUUCUUGGAGAAUAUGUUGAUCAUUCUGCAGUAUAAAGUAGGCGUGUAGUACGUUUGUGAUGCUAUCACGCUGAUUUAAUAACUAGCGACGUUAGUUAAGGUCGUUACUUCUAGCUUGAAAUUUCAAUGAAAGUGCUUUGAUAUGUAGACAAUGAAAUGUAGAUAUUAUUGAAAAAAUAUGAAGAGUUGGUAAGCCAACUUAAGUUAGCAGUUCAAGGCAAACAGCUAACCCAGCUACUUUGUUUACACACAAAACUGUGUCAUGACUAACGUUUCCCAGCUAGCCAUCUUUUCUGUGUUACAUAACUUACUCACACAAUUGUCAAAUCAAAUUUACACUUAUAUCAUUCAGUAUUUACAGGACUUCUGUUUAAACGACAUGCGUUGGAUCACAACAGUUUAGAGGAAGACAUGCUCCUGUCGGGUAUAACUUAGGCCGUGUUUUCACCGACCGACUUCAAGUAGCUUAACGCUAUUAAGCCAAAUCAGGAAAUCAUGCAGAGACAGGAGAGAGAUCCUUUGUGAUGCAGCUACAGCACCACUGCUGACAGCUGACAGGUCAUUGUGAGGAAUGUACUUAAAGAGGAUGCGUCUGGUUUGUUUGAUUGAAGCUUCACACUUGAUCGUCUACUUCUAGAAUAUUUCAUGAAAAAGACUGAAUGACAUAUUUAAGUGGAUGCCAUGAUGGAUGCCAAAUUCAAUUCCACAGUUAAGAAUGAAAAGAUGGAUGAUGAACACGGCAACCAAUCAAAGCUCCAGGACUCACUGAUCACUGCUUCAGAGUCAUCCAUUGUGCCUGACAACACCACUGCUGAUCAAACAGGAUCUCUGGCUGAAGUCUCUAGUUUAGAGCAGAUCUCCACUGAGGACACUGAAUUAUCUUCACAUGACUUUCCUGAGAACACAUUCCCAAAUAAAACAAUAGGGGUCCCCACUGAAUCCAAUUUGCAUAAUAAGCCAAAGGGCAAAGAGACCCGAGCAGUAUCCAUCUGUGGCCCAUGUUCUGUGAAGAAAGACCAGCCACAGCCUCUAUGUGCCCUGCUGCCACCUUCCAUGGAGGCUUGCACCGUCUAUGAAGUGAGUCAGUCAUUCACAUCUAUCAGCAGGAGUCAAGAGAGGCUCAAAACCACUACGGUCCGCAGUGAGCCAACACAUGGAGACGACCUCUGUGCUUCAAUCCUUUUGGCCUGCCUGUUCUGCCACCCACUGGACUGUUUAUUGGCUACGGUGAGAGGCUGUAAUGCAUGUGUUUGGUCUCUGUGCUCAUCACUGUGCGGCUGCGAGUCCAACGCCCUGCAGCCUCUCCUGGACGUCACCCACCACUGUGACUUCUGCAGGUGUCUGGGUGUCCGCUGCUGCCUGUGUGACUGUCCCAUCUGUGAUAUCUGCCUCCAGGCUACAGAGUGCCUGGACCUGGCAAUGGAAAUCUCUCAAAUGCUGUACCACUAACAUCUGGCUGCAAGCAAAUAAUCACAUUCAAACAUGAACCUGUGGGAAUCAUUUAUUUAUUACAAUCUUCUGAAAGCCAACUUGUAAGGACAAGACACAAAUGUUACCUGUAGCACGUAGAGGAUUAACAGUCCAUGUUAGCACUCAAAUAUAUGUAGGGGUAAGACAUGGUUAAUAUCGUGGAGAGCAGUUGAGUAUGAGCAGAAAAAGCUGACCACUGGUAAUUAAUCUUAUGGGACUAAGAACAACACAAUUUGCAGCACUGAGCUAUGGAGUGGAGCUGCUUUUAGCUCAAAAACAGGAGAGACACCUUAAAUCAGCGACUUUUCCCUCACUGAAAGGUAAACACUAAUCAGUGUCACUCAAGACUGUGAACUAAAAAAAAAAUUUUAAAAAAAAAGAUGUUUUUUGGCUGCAUCAAUUGAUUUGUUUUUGUGUUACCACGGCUCAAAUAUAGUUUAAAAUUCAAGCAUAUCACUAACUUUGAAAAGACAUGUUGAAGGAAACCAAAAA